AUGUCGUUUGAUAAACCAGAGAUCCAUACCACUAGAGUGUUGGCAGGUGAAGAACUGUCUUCCAAUGAAAAUUCAGAGAUUAUCAAAUCUUUUAAGAGUUUCAUACUGGAAUUCAGACUAGAUUCCAACUUCGUUUACAGAGAACAACUGAGAAAUAACCUGUUGGUUCAUAAAUACUUCCUUGACGUGAAUACGGAGCAUCUUAUUGGAUAUAAUGAAGAUCUAUACAAAAAAUUACAGGAUGAACCGAUAGAUAUUAUCCCGUUGUUCGAACAAGCAAUAACUCAAGUGGCAAAGAGAAUUGUUUUGUUAUCGCAAGAUUCUGAUAUUGAUCCAGAGACAGCGUUGUCGAACUUCCCACUAUGUCAGCUCAUUUUAAAUUCCAGUUCUAUGGAAAUUCCAUUAAGAAGUUUGGAUUCGGAUCACGUUUCUAAGAUCGUCAGAAUUACAGGGAUCAUCAUCUCAUCCAGUGUCUUGACAUCAAGAGCCACUCAGUUAUCGCUAAUGUGUAGAAGCUGUAAACAUAUGACAACUUUGAAGUUGAACAAUUUCCAGAAUUUGAAUAACAAUAACGUCCAGUUACCUCGUGAGUGUCUUGCAGAUCGUUCCAACGAAACAGAUGAAACAGCAGCUUCUUGUGGCCCUGACCCAUAUUUAAUCGUACACGAAUCGUCACAGUUUAUUGACCAACAGUUUUUGAAACUACAAGAAUUACCGGAAUCCGUGCCAAUUGGUGAAUUGCCUAGAAAUUUACUAAUGACAUGUGAUAGAUAUUUGACCAACCAAGUUGUUCCAGGAACAAGAGUUACCAUUAUUGGUAUUUAUUCCAUCUACCAAUCCAAGAAUAAGAGUAUUAAUAGUUCUGGAAAUAAAGCUGUGGCGAUCAGAAACCCUUACGUGAAAGUUAUCGGGAUCAAACACCUAUCAAAUAAUCCGUUAAACAAUUCUCUAUCUAUGUUUUCGGAAAGUGAAGAACAAGAAUUUUUGGAGCUUUCCCAACGACCAGAUCUAUAUGAACUUUUCGCCAACUCAAUUGCUCCCAGUAUCUAUGGUAACACUGAUAUCAAGAAAGCCAUCGUUUGUCUCCUUAUGGGCGGAUCGAAGAAAUUGUUACCAGAUGGUAUGAGACUAAGAGGUGAUAUCAACGUGCUACUGCUUGGUGAUCCUGGUACUGCAAAAUCCCAACUGUUGAAAUUUGUGGAAAAAGUUUCUCCGAUUUCGGUAUAUACAUCUGGUAAAGGUUCUUCUGCAGCUGGUUUGACGGCAAGUGUCCAAAGAGAUCCAACUACACGGGAAUUUUACCUAGAAGGAGGUGCAAUGGUGCUUGCUGAUGGUGGUGUUGUCUGUAUUGACGAAUUUGACAAGAUGAGAGACGAGGACCGUGUUGCCAUCCAUGAAGCCAUGGAACAACAAACUAUUUCCAUUGCUAAAGCCGGUAUCACUACCGUUUUGAAUUCUAGAACUAGUGUCUUAGCUGCAGCAAACCCUGUUUACGGUAGAUAUGAUGAUUUGAAAUCACCGGGUGAAAACAUUGAUUUCCAAACUACCAUCUUGUCCAGAUUCGAUAUGAUCUUCAUUGUUAAAGAUGAUCACAAUGAAGCUAGAGAUAUCCAAAUUGCGAACCACGUCAUGAACAUUCACACAGGAAGAACUCAACAAAACGAUCCAAAUGAUAAUUCCAACUCCAACAACGAAAUUCCAAUAGAAACUAUGAAGAGAUAUGUUAGUUACUGUAGGUUAAAAUGUGCCCCCAGGUUAUCUCCUGAAGCAGCCACAAAAUUAUCUUCUCAUUUCAUCACUAUUAGAAAACAAUUACAAGAGUCCGAAAGACAUUCCAAUGAGAGGUCUUCCAUUCCAAUCACAGUUCGUCAAUUAGAAGCCAUAAUUCGUAUCACAGAAUCUUUAGCUAAAUUAGAACUGAAUCCAGUAGCGACCGAAAAACAUGUUGAUGAAGCCAUUAGAUUAUUCCAAGCUUCUACGAUGGAUGCUGCCUCUCAGGAUCCUAUCAACUCCCAGGAAAAUGAUACAACAAUGCUCUCACAAAUUAGAAGAAUCGAAUCUGAAUUGAAAAGAAGGUUGCCAAUAGGAUGGUCUACAAGUUACAAAACUUUGCAAAGGGAAUUCGUUGUGAACAAGAAACUUCCCCAAUAUGCGCUAGAUAAGGCGUUAUACCUGUUAGAAAGACAUGAUUCUAUUCAACUAAGACAUCAAGGUCAGAAUAUUUAUAGAAGUGGAGUAUGA